AUACUGCUAAUUCGUAUCGAAACUUAAAAUAUCAUAUCGAUAUUGUGCCAACAAACAUCGAUAUAUCGAUACUUGCACGUGUGUUUUUGUUUUUAGCCGCAGAAUUAAAUAUUAAAUGUUGCUUUGCCGAAUUUUAAGCGGAUACACCAAGGCAGGUCGCCUAAAACUAUUUACCAACCGACACAAAUCCUUCGCUGCCGCCAUGUCAGAGGCUCUGGAUAAACUGGAGCUGGAGACCGACGCCAGGAAGGCGGCUAAGAUGUCGGAGGACGAGGCGGUAAAAGAGACCAACCGUGUCAAGCGGAAUCUCAAGCGCAAAAAGUGGGUGGACUGGAAGACACAGGACGAGGAGGAUGCAGCCAGCGGCGUGAAACGGGCUCCCUUCGAUCCCGCCGAGCGAAUAAAGCGCAAAAAGAGCGCAAUCCUGCUGAGCUACUGCGGGGCCAACUACUACGGCAUGCAGCGAAACCCCGGUAUGCAAACCAUCGAGGAGGAGCUCUUUAAGGCGAUGCUUAAACACAAGUGGAUCACGGAGGACAGCUUUGAGCAAGUGCAGAUCGCCUGCUUUCAGCGGGCAGCCCGCACCGACAAAGGUGUUUCCGCUGCUCGCCAAGUGUGCUCCGUCAAGCUGCCUGAGGAACUAGAUCUGGAGGCCUUUAACGCAGACUUACCUGACCAGAUUCGGCUGUUCGGCGUGGAGCGUGUGACAAAGGGUUUCAACGCCAAGGAUCAGUGCAAUGCCAGGACUUACACAUAUACGUUACCCACAAUGGCCUUUGCGUCGUGCGAGGAGAAAGUAGAGGACCUGCACGACACCUUUCGCAUUUCCCCCGAGCUGCUGGAGAAGGUCAGAGAGACCCUGAAGCUCUACGAGGGCACGAAAAACUUUCACAACUUCACCAGCAAGAAAAGCUUUCUGGAUCCGUCGUCCAAGCGCUUCAUCAUGUCCUUUACGAGUAGCGAACCAUUCCAGAGCCCCCAGGGCAUUGAGUUUAUCACACUGAAAGUGAAGGGCCAGAGCUUUAUGCUGCAUCAGAUCCGCAAGAUGGUGGGCUUGGCCAUUGCCAUUGUAAGGGGCAACACAACGGCGGAGAGCUUGGAGCGGGCGCUGACCGAGGAGCGCCUGGACCUGCCAAUGGCCCCAGGUCUGGGUUUGGUGUUGGACACUGUCCACUACGAACGCUACAACGAUCGGUAUGGCAAAGACGGUAUCCACAAACCACUGACGUGGCAGGCGCAGGAGACAAAGGUCCAGGAGUUCAUCGAACGGGAGAUCUUUAGCCAGAUCUACAAGACGGAAGCAGAGCAGCGGAACAUGCUAGAUUGGAUAAGAACGUUGCACUACCACUCGUAUGACACGCGGAAGGACGAAGCACCGCCUCCACCCGCUUCCACGGAUGGCAAGCGCAGCAAAGCUGCCGCAGACGAUGACAACGAUGAGUAAAAGGUGGAUCGAGUCGAUAAUAAGAUAACAUGCAAAACUGGUUUGUAUAAUUUUAGCGUUUCAAAAGUAUAAAGG